GCUUGAGGAAAAAUAAAAAAGACUCUGUAAUACUGUAGAGACACAAACCUACACGUCAUCCCUACUUCAGUUUGGUUAGUUCCUCCACGUCAUCGGCUUUGUCUCUCAAUCUGAAAAAAAAAAAAAAGAAAAAGAAAAUGGAGAGUGGUGGCGACGAGAGUACGCCGGUGGUUCUGAUAACGGGAUGUUCUCAGGGAGGGAUUGGUCAUGCGCUAGCGCGUGAGUUUAGUAAGAAGGGAUGUCAAGUGGUGGCGACGAGUCGAUCACGGAGCUCGAUGACGGAUCUGGAGCAAGACUCGAGGUUACUCGUGAAGGAGCUUGAUGUUCAGUCGGAACAGAACGUGAGUAAGGUUUUGUCGGAGGUUAUUGAUAAGUUCGGAAGGAUUGACGUUCUUGUUAAUAACGCCGGUGUUCAAUGCGUCGGACCUUUGGCGGAGAUUCCAAUUUCCGCUAUGGAGGACACCUUCAACACCAAUGUCUUUGGUUCCAUGAGGAUGACUCAAGCUGUUGUACCUCACAUGGUGUCUAAAAGAAAGGGAAAAAUUGUGAAUGUUGGAAGUAUCACUGUUAUGGCACCAGGUCCAUGGGCUGGGGUCUAUUCAGCUACCAAAGCUGCUAUUCAUGCUCUCACUGAUACCCUCAGGUUGGAGCUUGGGCCCUUUGGGAUUGAUGUCAUCAACGUUGUCCCAGGAGGAAUACGUACAAACAUAGCAAACUCAGCUGUUGCAGCCUUCAACAAAAUGCCUGAGCUGAAACUAUACAAGCCUUAUGAAGAAGCUAUCAGAGAAAGGGCGUUUGCAUCACAGAGGAUGAAGCCUACUCCUGCAGAAACAUUUGCCAGAGACACCGUAGCAGCAGUGCUGAAGAAGAAUCCACCCGCUUGGUUCUCUUCAGGCAGGUACUCAACUCUCAUGGCAAUCAUGUACCAUAUGCCCCUUUGGUUCAAAGAUUUUCUCCAGAAGCAGGUUUUAAUGAAGAAGUGAUUAUCAGAAUUCGGGUUUACCACAAUGUAACAUGAAAACGAAUGUAAAACAAUGUUCAAACUGUUAACUGAAUCUUUAUGUCCCCAUGUUUUGAGCAAGUUCGGUUCUAAAGGUAA